AUGUCGCAAGUGCUGCACAUCGAGAUCCCCAACUUCGGGAACACCGUGCUCGGCUGCCUCAGCGAGCAGCGUCUGCUGGGCCUCUACUGCAAUGUGUCCAUUGUGGUCAAGGGCCAGGCCUUCAAGGCCCAUUGGGCCGUCCUGGCCGCCAGCAGCCUCUACUUCCGUGACCUGUUCAGCGGCAACAGCAAGAGCGCCUUCGAGCUGCCGGACAUGGUGCCGCCCGCCUGCUUCCAGCAGAUCCUGUCCUUCUGCUACACGGGCAGGCUGACCAUGGAGGCCAGCGAGCAGCUCGUGGUCAUGUACACGGCCAGCUUCCUGCAGAUCCAGCACAUUGUGGAGCGUGGCACAGACUUCAUGUUCAAGGUGAGCUCACCCCACUGUGACUCGCAGACCGCUAUGAUCGAGGACGUCAGCUCCGAGCCCCAGAGCCCCUGCAACCAGCUGCAGCCAGUCACCGCCACGCCACCCUACAUCGUGUCCCCCUCCGUGCCCAUCCCGCUGCUAACCCGUGUCAAGCACGAAGCCAUGGAGCUGCCGCUGGCCUCAGGCCCAGGCCUGGCCCCCAAGUGCCCACUGGAGAUGGGGCCCUGGGACGGCGUGACAGUGGCGACGGGCCCCGCGGUGGCGGCAGGCACGGCCCCUCUCAAGCUGCCCCGGGUCUCCUACUACGGGGUGCGCCUGGCCACCCUCAUCCCCAGCAUCCAGCAGGCGCAGUACUCCCAGGGAGAGCAGACCAGCCCAGGGGCCAGCAGCCUGCUCACCACCGACAGCCCCACCUCCUACCACAACGAGGAGGAUGAAGAGGAUGAAGAGGCCUAUGACACCAUGGUGGAGGAGCAGUACGGCCAGAUGUACAUCAAGGCCACAGGCAGCUAUGCAGUGCAAGAUAAGCCGGAGCCCGUGCCGCUGGAAAGCCAUUCCUGCGUCUUCAUCCACCGCAAACUGGUGGCCCUGCCUGCCAGCCUCAUCAGCCAGAUCGGGUACCACUGCCACUCCAAGCUCUACUCUGAGGGCCCCGGCGAGAAGCUGGAGCUGGUGGCAGGCUCUGGCGUCUACAUCAUGCGUGGGCAACUGAUGAACUGCCACCUCUGCGCAGGGGUGAAGCACAAGGUUCUGCUGCGGCACCUCCUCGCCACCUUCUUCGACAGGAACAUGCUGGCCAACAGCUGUGGCACGGGCAUCUGCUCGUCCACCAGUGACCCGAGCCACAAGCCGCUGGACAGCCGUGUCCUGAACGCUGUGAAACUGUACUGUCAGAACUUUGCCCCCAGCUUCAAGGAGAGUGAGAUGAACGUGAUCGCCGCGGACAUGUGCACCAAUGCCCGCCGUGUCCGCAAGCGCUGGCUGCCCAAGAUCAAGGCCAUGCUGCCCGAGGGUGUGGAGAUGUACCGCAUGGUCAUGGGCUCCUCGGUCGCCAGUGCACCCCUGGAACCCGAGUUCCUGCCUGCCACUGCGCAGGUGUUUGAGCAGCGCAUCUAUGCUGAGUGGCGGGGCAAUGCCGCCAGCAUCGUGGCUCUGAGAACUGACGCUGUGAAUGUCGACCUGGGCGCCUCCACCAACCCCACCGUCGAGGCUGGCUCGGAGGCUGACGGUGCUGGCUUGGUCAUCCAGGAGGUGGCUGCGCCCGAGCCGCUGCCCGCCGAGGGCCAGAGCCCCCCGCAGCCCUUCGAGCAGGGCAGCGCCAGCAGCAGCCAGCCCGCAAUGCUGGCUGCAGAGAGGAGACCGGAGGACCCGUACGCAGGGACCUUGUAG